GUUGGCAUUAACACUGUUUGAGCUGACAGGGAGCUGGUGUUUGAUGUGUUUGACCUGCCUGGCUGAUGUGUUCAAGCUCAUUUAGAAACUCUCUCUGCAUCAGCAGUGAGAACAACACAGGUGUAUUCUUACAUUCUGUAUGUCCUGCUCUGUUCUGGUCUUUAAUAACAUUUAGCAGAGCCCUGUUUGUGUUCUGACAUCUGUUACAGUAAAAGGUUGAUUCACCUUUAGCUGUUUUCGUUUCCUGCAGCCAAACUGGUUCGCUUUCGUGGGAGGCUGCAGACAAACGGUGAUCACUUCUGAGGAAAUCUAAAUGUUAACACACAGGUUGAUGUGUUGAUGACAUGGAGUAAUUUCCUGACAACACCCCGGGGCUCAGUCUGUAGACGAAGGUGCUGAGUUCAUUUGCUGGCUUCCUCAUCCACCGCUCACAUCUUCAACACAUCACAGAUAAGACUGACACAUUCUCUGUCGCUGUUCAAACUGAGCUCAGCUCCUUCAGAUGAAAUCAGUGAGCGCAGCCACUGAAUGGAUGUUUAGAAUGAGCUGAUCUUAUGGAUACACCGACUUUCUCCAGCUAACAUGGACCUGUGGUCUUCUAAACUGUACUUUGCCACCUGGACAGUGAUGAGCCUCCUCGGUGUGUUCUCUCAUGAAGUGACGGUGAAGAACUCUGAUCUGAAGCUGUGUAAAGACGAUGAGAGAGUGUGUGUCACUGACCUCAGAGACUGUGGCCCCAGACCAGCUUCGUCUAUACAGACUUGUGGCUGAUGGUGUAACACAUUUCCAGAGGUGGAGGAAGUUUUCAGAUACUCAACCUGUUACAAAGACUCUGAACAUGACGUGUUACCACACGUUAUACACGUCCAUGACCUGUGAGCUGAGUCAGGCGUCCGACAGCCACGCUGAGCCUGACGUCUCGCUCAUCUUCAGCAGUGUGAAUAAAAUCAUCUCCUGUCACGCCAUCUUCAACCCGGCCUCCACCCUCAACGUAACAGCCAGGAUAAUGAACUACCUGAGGAGGAGUGAGAUCAGAUCCCAGCCUCACACUGUGUUUGUUUAUGAAGCAGUCAAACCCUCUCCUCCUGUAUUAACUGUCCUCGGCUCCACUGACGACUCUGUUGUUGUGUCUUGGAGAAGCAGCAGCGACGGCAGCUGUCGGCUUCGCUACAGAGUCGACGGCGCUCAGACGUGGUCUCAGUCUCCAGGUGUCUCUCCUGUGUUUCAACAUCAGGAGCAGGUCUACACCAUCAAACACCUCCUGCCGUUCACCGUCUACAGAGCAGCUGUGGCUUGCAGGAAGUACCACAUCUGGAGCAACUGGAGCCCUGACGUCACCGUGAGGACGCUGGACAGAGCGCCCUCCAGACCUCCAGAGGUGUGUUACCGAGUGGAGAGAGCAGAUUCUCCUCACCUUCAUCUCAUGUGGAAGGAGCCUGACCUCCGUGAGGCUGGAGGUCGUGGCCUUGGAUACCAGGUGAGCUGCAGGCCAGCGAGGAGGCAGCGUCCGCAGGACACACUGAUUCAAAACGUCACAGGGGCGAUGGCGCCCCUGGAGGUCAAAGAGGGGAACUACAGCGUCACUGUCAGAGCCUUUAACUCAGCCGGCUUUGGACCUGCCGCACAGCUCAGCAUUGACACACAGACACAGAACAAUCUUCCCUCAGUCAGAGACUUGUGGGUUUCCAGUUCUUUCCCAGCUGCCAAAGACCUUCUGGUCCAGUGGGAGCUCAGUGCAGCCCCGCCCCCUGCCCUGCCUGUCGGCCAUUUUAACGUUCAGUUGCGCUCUGAGGUGCAUCCAUCCGCCAGCCGCUGGUCCACAGUGGACGGCUCCAUCACCUCCACUGUGAUACAAGACGUUGACCCUGAUGAGUCCUACCUGGUCAGUGUGAUCCCCGUCUACAAGCAGCAGUGUGGAUCUCCUCUGUCCCUGAACGCCAGCCUGCAGCAGGGAGCUCUGAUGGAGGCGUUCGACCUGAAUGUUGUUGACGUGACCAAAACAUGGCUGACAGUCAAGUGGGCGUGGCAGAGGAAGUCUGGACCAAUCAGAGUGAACAGAUACAGAGUGAUGCUGAAGAAAAACUCAGAGAGACACAACACUGUUCUCUCCUUCCCACCUGUGUCUCUGUGGUGGAACCAAUCACAGCACACCUUUCUCAACCUGACACCUGCCACUGAGUAUUCUCUCCUCCUGUUGGCCGACGACGUUUCCAGAAACAUCAUCACCGUCACAACCAAUUUUGAUGAGGUCCCAGUCGUGGCCACAGUGACUCCUCUGCUGCUGCUGGCUGUCAUUGUGUUAAUCAUCAGCAUCUUGUCCAGGACUGUGUACAAGUCGUACUUCUUCCCCCCCAUCUCCAGCCCCCGGGGCAGUACGACAGGCCAGUGGCUAAUGCACCCAAACCACCAGAAGUCUGCAGAGUUAAACAUCCUGGAUAUCACACAGUUCCAGGUGACAGACGUACUCGGAGAGAAAAGUGCCAUCGUGAUCGGACCUAACUCUCCGUUUUCCUCAGAGGAGGACCUGCAUGAAAACACGUCUCUGCUGCCACCCGGUCACUUAAUCAUCAAACUGUCAGGCCUCAAACUGGACGCUGAGUAUGUCUCUGAUACUCCACUAACCACCGAGCUCCAGCUCCAGUCCUACAACCCUGACUAUGCAGUGAACUGCCAUCAUUCGGACAAGGUUUUCGUGUCUGAGGAGAGGCGAGAGGCCGACGCUGCUCAGGCUCAUGAAGGUCAGAUCUGGUUUCCUUGGAGAGAGGAAGUGAACAUGCAGCUCGAUCUCUCUCAGAUUUCAUAUCAGACAGAAGCCGCUGUAAAGUGCAGCUUUCACGAGCUCAUGACGAAGGCUGACAGUCGCUGUGAUUAUCAGAUAACCUGUGAGGCCCAGUAUGUGCUAAACUCUUCCUUUCUGGGUAAAAGCGAUGUUGAAACAGAGAGCGGACACAUCGACUGCUCUUAUCUGAUCUGUGACACUGACUAUAUCGCAAACAGCUGCUUUACUGCAAAAACUGCAGUUGAAGACAGAGCCAGCAGCAUCAGUAUUGUAUGCUAGGUCGUUGACGCUGCUAGAAACAGAAGACCAGACGGCUGAAGCUAAGCUAGCAACUCACCACAGAAAACAACAUAGAUGAAUAGAUUUUUAAAAAUGGAGACAACUGAGUUAAAAAGUCUGUUCUGUUGGUUUCAUACAGGAAAUCUAAGACUGAAGCUCAUGUCUCUCCUUGUUUCUUUUUGCUUUACAUGCAGUGGUGUUUUUGUAUUUAUCUGGACACACUGUUAGCGUCUGCUGUACUUUAACUCCACUUUACGUAGAAUAGGAUUAUAGAUUAGGAUGCUAACAAGCCUACAGCUAGCAGCUAUUUGAGUGUUAAUAUAAUGCUAAUAUAAUGUUUGAUACUAGCUUGUUAGCAUGAUGCUCUUUCUAUCAAUAAUAAAGACGAAACACAAAACAAUAACAACACGACAUGUACAGUUUGUAUGUAGUGUUUAUCAUGUUAGCAUGUUAACAUACAUACAGUAUAUUUACAGUAUUAACAGUCAUGUUUGUUGCCAUGGUCAAGAAGAAUCACAAACAUUAAGCUACUAAAUUUCCGGUUUAUAAAACCGUUACAUGUCAAUCAUCAGAGAUUUUGUUGUUUUAACUAAUUUAUCAUCCUUAUCAGGGAAAAUCAACCUUCUUUUCAUUGUGCCAUCAGUCAGUUCUCUUGAAUACUGCAUUAAACUACAUUUAAUAGAUGUGUAGUAUAAUGAUCCCUAUUAUAACAGCAAGAAACUGUUUAAUAUCAUAGUUAAGCUACUUUUUGAAACUGCAAAGAACCGAAUUACAGGUGUUCAACAUAAAUCUUCAAACUUUAUUAACAUUAAACAGUUUUUUUUUUCCUUUAAAUUAUUCAUCAACAAUAAAAUGUUGCUGUGUUGGAAGUGUC